GCCCCCGCUGCUGCCGCUGCCGCCGCCGCCGCCGGCGGGGGGGAGGCGACCGGCGCCAUGUGGCAGAGCAUCGGGCUGACCUUGCUGGUGAUUGUGGCCACCUUGGCCUGCGUGCUGCUCUUCAUGCUGUGCGGCUGGUACGUGGUCUGGCAAUUGUUUUUGUCUAAAUUCAAAUUCCUGAGAGAAUUGAUAGGUGAUACGGGGUCCCAACAGGGAGACAAUGAGCCUUCAGAGACUGAAGCUGAACAGGAGACUCCACCCUCGCCUCAGAGAGGUAGACAGAAAUCUGCUCGACAGCGAAGGGCACCUACAGAAGACACAACUUAAAGUACUCCGUUGAACUUCUGACUAACUAUGAAUGGUUAAGCACCUCUGCACUGUGUUGUUCAGUGGUUUGAUCUUACUGAAAAACUGACUUGAGGUAAUAUUAGUACCUGUGGACCUUUACUUCUGAGCUACCAAUGUAUGCUACUUCAGUAGAGGUUCAGGGAGGGCUUCAGCAGCGAGUCAUAGAAUACUGGAAGAAAGGAGGGGUGGAGAGAAGUCUCCAUCAGAAAAAUGCUGAGCUGCUGUAGCUCCUAUCUCUGCACACAGAUUAAAAACAGGUCCUGGACCAUAGGCUUAGCCUUUGCAUUAGUCUGAACAUAGUAAACAUUUCAGACUUGAAAUGCUUUCUAAGUUAUUUUUUCCUUACAGCACUGUAACUACAUAUAGUGAAAUUGAGUUUUAUUUCCUUAGCUAUAUAUGAAUAUAUAUUUUUUUCUUCAACCUUGAGAAUGCAUGUGAACUUGAAAAACAGUUGAAAGAAUAUCCUGCUUUAGAAAGUAUUCUAAAGUGAGAUUUGAGUUAUGUUCCUAUAUAUAUAAAAAGUAUAAAUGAAAUAUGAAAAAUCAAUAUUAGAUGCACAUGAUUUGGAGGCUUUUAUUAUCUCCUUUAAAAAAAAAAAAGGGGGCAACAAAAAAAAAAGGCAAUCAGGUGGUAAGACCUGUUUUCUUGGUUUUGGCCUGAGAAGGUUACAGGUUAAACAGUCCUGCUAGGUUUCUGUAUGUUUUUCCUGAACCUUUUACUCUAAGUCCAACUUCUGUUGGAGAGGGGAAGGUGCCUAGGUUAUAUACUCACUGUUUAGUAUUCUGAAGUGUCAUCGUUGGUUUUUGGAUACUAAGCACUUCUCUAGUUCACUUUGUACACCUUUACAUCAGGUAUAUGGUACCUGACAUAAGUUCUUUCCUGGAACCAGUUAAGGCAUUCUGACCAAUUUGGUAGACAUCACUGUAACACUUUGAUAGUGUUAUAGCAAUGAAUUUGGUACCUCAUGUUUGCUGGAGGACUUACUGAUUUUUACCGGUAAUAAGCAGUUGCUCCUGUUUUCUUUGAGAAUGACUUAUACAGCUGUUUUGACAUUGCACUUCAGAAUGAAGAGCUCCACUUCUGUUUAUCUAGCAACUCUGAAGAUGGAUGCAUGAGAUCUUUGGAAAGAGGAGGAAUGUGCAUGUACCACCUCUGAUAUGUGUAUGAGAGAGAACUACCAACAGGUCUUGUCAUGAACAGCUUCAGUUUUCUCUCAAAGCUUGGAUAUGCGGUGGUGUUUGGAUCAUUGUUCCCUGUAUAAAAACUUAAACAGGACUACAAAAUUGAUCUUGUGCUUUCAGCUGUUAAGAAGUUUAAACCUGUGACUUCCAAACUUGUAGUUUGGUUCAAUUAUAUGGCUAAAAGCAGCAACAUUUAGUUUUUUCAUCAAGUAGGCCUGCAUCUGGGCAAAGAGCACUCUUUCAGUGCCUUUAUAUUUUAAUGUCAUCUGUGAAUACUGUUCAAAAGCUAAUGAGAGCAUUCACCUCAAAAUGAUUUGGAUGUUUCAGUAUUAAGUAAGAUCAGACCUGACCUUCCUUUGGCAUCUUAAAAGUCUUUCUUUUGUUUACUAGCAUGUAUGUAUAAGCAUGCUUUGUAUUACAGGGUUACAUUUUCAAGCAUGAUUAGGCAGUGCUAUGCACAUAUCCUUUAAACACAUGUAGAAAUACUGAUAGUCUCCUUCCUCUAUCCUGUCUGCUGGCAAGGGAAUGCCUAAUGAUGGUUUGUUUUUUUUUUUUUUUUUAAAUUGGUAAAAUUCCAAUUUAUUCCAACUGAGCAAAAGCAAUCAGAUUCUAUUCCAUGCUGCUUUCAGUUGUUUGCCUUGCACAACUUAAUGUCACAAUAUUCUUGUGUCUGUAUGUCUUCUCACACGAUGAGACUUUCCGUUUAGCAGUGCUAACCAAGUACUGUACAUUUUUCUUAAGAAGCAUCUUUAGCAUCUUUGUCUUAGGCUUUGCUAAUAUAGGCUUACGAAUAAAGAUACUUUUUUUGUACUGACGUAGGAUAUUGACACUCCACUGCACUUCACUUUUACCUAGACUUUAGUGCACAGAAGAUGGCAAAAGGCUGAUGCUUGUAGUAUCCCCGGCUGAGAUAAGUAACAGUUAACUCAGUCUCUGCUUCUAGUAGCUGUGAAGAAAUGUGAAGUUACAGCAAUAUAACAGGGUAGCUCUCAAGGUGCAAGAAUCAAGACUCUGGAGCAAGAUAAUGAAGGAAAAAUCCAUGUGAGUUUGAAUGGUGACACUGAUCAAAUAUGCAAUAAGAUGGACGUGGAACCUCUGGGUAGCUCAUCUGCUCUAGCCAAACAACUUCCUUCUCCCUUCCUUGCUGUAUGUAGGUGUACAUUUCACUCCCCAAAGUUAUUUUCAAUCUCUUUAUUUUUUUUAAACAGCUGAUGCUAUUUUUUUAAUGUUGCUGUGACAUAGCUGCUAAUAAUGCUGUCUGCCUAGUAUGUAACUUUAAUGACCUUAUUAGUAGCAGGCCAAAGGUUUAUAAUAUGCGGUUUGGAAGAAUUUUGGAAUGCUGAUGUCUUCUGUCAAUGUAUAAUUUUUCCUGAAGGAGUCUGUAGUAAAAUCUUUGUAUAGGGCACUUCAUGCAAACCUGAAAAAGCAAAUAUGUGUGAAAGCGUACUUGUGAUGAGACCUGGGUUGUGAUUGCUGGCAGUCCAAUAUACUCAUGUCUUUGAAUAUUUUUACCAAUAUACUUCUGAAAUGUUACUGGUGGGUAAGCACUUAACUUUGAAUUGACCCGUUCAAGUCUGAAACCUUACGAAGACAACAGGUUACACAGUUGGUCUUGUUUUGUUUAGUAGGGUCUAUUUUUAAAACUGUUUAUUGCCUUAUUGUUGCAGCCAUUCUCUUGAAUGUAUUUUGGGUUCUUAUUUUAAAUAGUCAUAUCACCUUUGUUGCAGGGGCUGUGUAGCUUCAAAUAAGCAGUAAUUACCAAUGUUGUAUGUGACAGUUAAUUGAAAACAGUUACUGCAAUGAAGGCUGGAACAAACAGAGUGUAGACUGGUGGAAAAAGUACAAAAGCUAUUGCUAAAAUUUGAGUGGUGUAAACAAUUUUGUUCCUGCUGAAUUACAUAAUUCAGACCUGUUAGGGAGCCACUAAGGUUAUUAUCGUGGUCAUUUACUGUUUGCCUGUGAGGCUAAUUCUAUGCAGUUCAUCCACUAACACUGCUGCUGUAGCUAUUUGCAGUAAAUGCCAUAUACUGUGCUGCAAUUUGUGAGCAACUUGCUGCUUAAUAUCAGGUUUUACACUGAACUAGACCUGUGUGUGUACUUCUGUUUUGUUUGGAAAUGACCAGCAUACAGAACGUGUUCAGUGUGGUCAUUUGCUUCUUCAGUGUUACGAUACUGUACCUAAAGCUUCUGUGGUUGUCUCUUUUCAUCGUUAACUGUUCUUUUAACUGACUGCACAGAUGAAAAAUAAAGUAACCAGACUUGAUAUGAA